AUGGCUAUGACAACAACCGCUGCGAAUCUACCUUUCCCAUCCUCUUCAUUCGGCGUCAAAAUGAUUACUUCUAGCAUAACUACGGUAGGAUCAGCCAGCAGUCUGGCCGUUGAGGUGCCGGCAAAUUCGACAACAAUCACAGUCACCGUCCUCGGUCGUCCGAAUCAAGAUCCAUACAAUACAUUGGCUGCAUCUGUUGUUUCUGUAAGCGAUCAGACGACAAUCUUUGCUCUUGGCUGUCGGCCACCAUCUUUGCUCAAAGGCAAUUUCAACACCUAUUCUCCAUGCAUAGAGCAGGAAGCUACUAUCACGGCUGCACCAUCCAUGUUCGCUUAUGUUGAUGCUGAUACGAGCCUGGGCUGUUCACAUGCCAGCAACGCGCAAAUGUAUACGUGUCGUGUAGACACUUCGGGUGGGCAGAUUUUAUCUAGUGCGUUCUUCAUUAACGAGUAUGGCCUGGGGGGACAGGCGGAAUUGCUUGUUACUGCGGGAUUAGAGAAAUUGAACGGCACUUCAAUUGUCAAGAGUGGUGGAGAUAGGACUAUAGUGGAUGAGAGAAUGCUAUGGCUUCGCUGGUUGAAUAUUGCAGUUCUAUUGUUAUUUAUGUGGCAUUGA